AUGACGGAACCAAGGGGAAAAUGGACAGCGACCAGGCCGAGAUAAAUUCUCGGCGUACCGCACGAAAGCGGAAGUGCGUGAUCUGAUAACAAGAGCCGAAGUUUGUAAUCGCUACAUUUUUGAGUUUUCCUUUGUUUUUAUAUACGGUUGUGCGGUCGUUGGUGUGUGUUUUGUCACAUUAACAGUUGAGUCGGUGUAAUUAUUUUAGAAUGGCCAAAGAAAAGCGACACAGAAGAAGAGAAUCUCCGGAGCGGGAGUCUAAAGUUAAGAUAAAGCAGGAGAAACUGAGCCCUGUUAGGCCACAGAGAUCACGCCGCUCCAGGUCGAGAUCCAGCGGCAACUUAAGUCCACAGAGGAGAAGAACAAGCAGGUCCCCUGCCAGGACAAGGGACCGCUCACCGGGCAGAAAAGAGGCAUCUCCCGCCAGACGAGGCAGCAGAUCUCCCAGAAACAGGAGAAGUCGCAGUCCCCAUCGUGUGGCUGAUGUCAAAAUAAAGCGGGAGCGGGAUGAGCAUCGGGGUAGUGGUGAUGAGCGGAGGAGAAGAAACGACCAGCCAGAGGAGAGGCGGAGCAGGUGGGAAUCAGACAGACCACGGGAGAGAGACCGUGGCGGAGACAGACACAGAGAACGAGACGCGCUCGCCUCCCAACAAGCUGAGCGACAGCAGCACAAUGAGCGGCGCAGGGAAAACCACCAGCGGCGUGACGAAAACCAAGAACAUGGUUUUGGAGAGUCUGAAGGAGGGAGCGAUGGCAUAAAUGCUCCUCCUGGUGAUAAGGAGAAGCCUAACUUUGAACUGUCAGGGGCGCUCACAGAAGAUACCAACACAUUCCGUGGGGUAGUGAUCAAGUACAACGAGCCACCUGAGGCUCGGAUUCCCAAGCGCAGAUGGCGUCUGUACCCUUUCAAGAAUGACGAACCCCUUCCAGUCAUGUACAUUCACAGACAGAGUGCCUAUUUGUUGGGGCGGCAGAGAAGAAUUGCUGAUAUCCCCAUUGACCAUCCUUCCUGCUCCAAGCAACAUGCAGUAUUCCAGUAUAGACUGGUGGAGUUCACGCGUGCGGACGGCACCACUGGCCGCAGGGUAAGGCCUUACAUCAUUGACCUGGGUUCUGGCAAUGGCACCUACCUGAACAACAAGCGUAUCGAUCCCCAGCGCUAUUAUGAGCUCAAAGAAAAAGACGUUCUCAAGUUUGGCUUCAGCAGCCGCGAGUACGUCCUCCUGCACGAAUUCUCAGACACGAGUGAGGUGGACGCCAAGCAGGAAGAGGAGGAUGAGGGUCUCGAUGAGUAAAUCGUUGCCACAAACUGUAUUGCUUCAGUUCAUUCAGGUUUAAAAUAACACCAUCAUCAAAGUUCAACAAAUAGCGGUUUCUGCAGAGAGUGGAACAAUGAAUGAAACUGGUAAAUGUGGGACUCUAUUAGAAUAAUGGAACAAGACUGGUUUGUUUAUUCUGUAAUUACUGAACUAUUGCUUAAACCUGCCACAACUGUCUCAAAGAAGACAUCCUAUUCUCAGGUUGUUUGUGCAAUGUCUGUGUGAAGCAUGACUGAUCUCUCAUCUGAUAGUGCUCACAAUAAAAAAUAAAAAAAAAUUAAAAUAAAAAAAGUGCUCAGUGCCAGAUAAAGAUAUCUUGCUAAAUACAAUAGUUAAAUUUAUAUUUUUGGAUCACAGCACUGAGUACAAAUAUACCUGUAGACUAACUUCUUGUCUAAGUCCAGGCUGCAUAUGUUAAUGUAAAUGAUAAUGUGGAAUGUGAACUUUAGAUUCAUGUUUAAUGGGGAAACUGCUUAUUGUCAGAGUAAUACAUGCAUACAUACAUACAUGCAACUUUAAGUGGUAUUGCCUUUUUUGCUUUGUAGUGUAGGGACAAUAGUAGAUAAUGUUGUGUGUAUUUAAAGACUCCCCCUUUUAUUUUUGUCUGUUUGGAGGCCCACAGCAUUCAUAGUAAAUUUCCAUUUUUGUACUGUAAAUAAAGAGGAAAAUUUCUGUUGUCUCGAGUUUUAAUGUAGACACGGCAUCAGAAUUGUGU